GAAUCCUCUUAUUUCGUCGACUGCGAUGGAGAGACGAAUGGAAGGAAGAAAACUCAUCAAAGUAUCUUCCAUUCAAUCUAAGAUUCGCAAUAAUGACAUUGAAGGAGACUGGGUCACAAUUGGUGUAUUGAUUCAAAAACUACCCAAAACGACAGCUAAGGUAGGGCAUAGUUCAUGAGAUUUUUUGCUCGAUAGAACUAACACUCGUUGGUGGUUGGGUAGCAAUGAUUUGCAGGAUUUGGGAAUUUCAAGCUUGGAAUUCAUAAAAAAACAAAUUAAAUAACACUUCGGUAUAUAAACAAUAUAAGAUUUAUUUUAGAAUAGUAAUAAAAAAUAGUGUACAUGAAAUAGUUUGGUACUUUGUUUUAAAUGUACCAUUGAAAGUUCAUAUUCAAUUUCACCAGUUAGAUCCCGAUAGGCUUUCAAGACAGUCUUCGGGAACUAACGUCUGCUGCUUAAAAGUUUCUGGUGGGCGCUGCACCGAUGUCUUCGUCUUUGGGAGUCGAACGAUCGUCGGCGUUCAGAUGGCUGCUGUUCAUUAAAACGUUCUAAAACGUGUCGGAACGUUUUGAAGCGUGUUGGAACGUCCUACACGUUUUAAAAGUUAGUCGUUUUAAAAGUUAGUCACUCCUGCUUGUUCGACUGAAAGCAAAACUGGACGAUCUACUUCUUUGUGUACAUGCUCUUUGGCGUGGGCAUAACAACUGCUGACAAUUUUACUUUGUGCCAUUUCGUCGUGUCUUUUACCCCCAACAUCUUGUUCCUUCUUGAAUGGUUUCACUGGAGUUUUCUUUUUCUUUCUAAAGAUGUUGAACUUCGACUUGGAAACCUUGUCGUUGGAAACCUUGUCCUCUUCGGAAGGUUCGUUGGUUUCACGUGGUGGUUUAAACCUCUUGACUUUGGUUUUUCCACGUUUCCAAAACUUUAGCGAUUUGGUUGACUUCUUUGUCUUUUCCACGGCUGAUGCUAUAUAAUGUAAAUAAUAAGUUGUCAAAUCUAAGCGAAAAAUAUAUAUAUACAAUUUUCGACCCGAUCAGGAGCGACCGAGAGAAGUGCAACCAUAGGUCGUCUGGCGGAAAUAGUCUUUGGUAGUAAUAUAGGGGUUCCGAGCUGGGGUUGGUCGAAUUCCGAGGUACCGUUGGUCCGACUGCAAGCUGGUUCCUACUAUGGUUGGUCGGGCUCCGAGUCCGAGCUAUUUGGUCCAGCUGGGGUUGGCCCAGCUCCGAGCUAUAGUAUGGUUGGUCGGGCUCCGAGCCAGAGUUGGUUGGGCUCCGAGUUUGUUCCAAGCUGUGGUUGGUCGGGCUUCGAGCCGAUUCCGAGUUAUGGUUGGUUUUACUCCGAGAUGGUUCCGAGCUAGGCUCGCUCGUCUUCGAGGUUAUUCCCAGCUAAGGUUGGUCGGGCUCCCAGCUAGUGUUGGUCGGGCUCCGAGCUGGUGCCGAGCUAUGGUUGAUCUGGCUCCGAGCUGGUUCCGAGCUGGUGCCGAGCUAUGGUUGGUCGGGCUCCGAGUUGGUUUCGAGCUAUGGUUGGUCCGCCUCCGAGUUGGUUCUGAGCUAUGGUUGGUCCAGCUCCGAGCUAUGUCCGCCUUGGCUCAACGCUACAAUGGGCUAUAUAUGACUAUACUCUACCUGCUGCAUUUGUGUUCUCAACAUCGUUUGCAGCUCCAUCGUCUUCCUCCUCGAUAGAUUCGAUAGAUAAGACUUCUCUGUAGUGAAUAUCAGGAGAUUUGCUUUGAAACAUCUGGUAAACAUCAGAUGGUUUCGUCAUUGGGGGGCAGGGCAUUUGGGCUGGGUUGAUCUCACUAACCGAAGGGUUGAUCUCACUGACCGAGGGGUCGACUUUUGAGGUUGCCUUUCGACGUUUUCGUCUCAAUUUCUUUAAUUUGCUGCCUUUGGGCUUGGCAUUUUCUUCCUGGAGAUGAAAUAAUAAAAACAAACGAUGCUUUUAGUUUUCUGUACCCAAAAAUCGUCUCUUGGAAUACAGUAACCACCAGUUCGUUGACCUCGAUUCUCUUACCUGGUUCUCAGGUUCAACACUUGACUGGGCAGCACUGACUUCUUUUGCAUGGUCCUUCGAGUCGGAGGUUUCUGCGCUGACAAAUUGCCCAGUUUUGGCAAGAUGUUGUGCAACCGUUUGAGAGUUGAUUGACGAUUGAGAGCUCUUCAAUUGGUUAGCAUUUCUUUCGCUAUCUUGUCUUGCUAAGUGACGGCACUCGUAGGUUAUCUCGGUCGCUAGAAAUAAGAUGAAUAGUUGAUGUUGAAGUUGAUAUUGGUAAAGCACAAUGGUGAGUGCAUGUGCUUUUCACCUCUGAGUUCGAUUCCUGCAAUUCUUGUUAUAAUUAUAAAAUUUACCAAUUUUUCGUGUAACACCGCGACGUAUGAGGUCUUCUGUGUGAAUUGCAGUAGACUCUCCAUCGCAGCAUGACAGAUCGUCGCUAUCUUCUCCGCUUUUGGUUUCAAAUAUUAAUUCAGAAAAUUGAAGUUCCUCUUCGCUCUUCUUUCUGUCGGUUCUUUCAUUUAUGCGGCAAUCUGUAAAAGAUACAGAAAGGAAACUAUUGUAGUGUUGUUAUUGCUGUUGUUGUUGUAGUGUUGUUAUUGUUGUUGUUGUUGUUGUAGUGUUGUUAUUGCUGUUGGUGGUGGUGGUGUUGUUGGUUGUUGGUGGUGUUGUCAACAAUGACAACCAAAACAAAAACAACAACACACCACCACACAACAGCAACAACCCACCAACAACAACAACAACACCCCACCAUUAACAACAACAACAACACACCACCACCACCCCUGCCACCAACAAACAACAACACACCGCUACCACCAACAGACAGCAACAACACAUCAUUACCACCACCAACACACCACCAACAACAAUACACUACCACCAACAAACAACAACACACCGACAACACACCACUAUAUACUACCAACAAACAAUAGCAAUACACCAUCACCACCAACAACAACAACACACCACCACCCAACACACCACUACCACCAACAACAACACACCACCACAAACAACAACACACAACCACCAUCAUCAUCACCAACAAAACACCACCACCCCUACCACCAACAAAUAACAACACACCACCACCACACACUGCUACUACCAACAAACAACAACACACCAUCACCACCACCACCAACAACACACCACCACCAACACACCACCACCAACACACCACCACCAACACACCACCACUACCACCAACGAACAAGAACAACACACCAACAACAACUACACACCACCACACUACUACCACCAACAAACAACAACAACACACAACAACAACAACUACACACCACCAACAAACAACAACAACAACACACCAGCAACAACAACUACACACCACUACCAUACCACUACCAACAUACCCCCAACAAACAACAACAACAUACCCCCACUACCAACAACAACACACAAGUACCACCACACCAACGACACCACCAACACACAACUACCACCAACAACAACAAACAACAACAGCACACCAUCACCACCAACAACAACAACACAUAACCACCACCACAACUAACAAACAAUAACAACACACCAUCACCACCACUACCACCACCAACAACAACAACAACAAACAACAACACACCACCAUCAACAACAACACACAACUACCAAUAACAAACAACAAACAACACACCAACAACAACAACAACAACAACAACAACAACAACAACAACAACAACAGUACACCAUCACAACCAACAAACAAUAACACCACCACCAACAACAACAGAUCACCACCAACAACAACAGAUCACCACCACGGUACCAACAACAACACAUCACUAACAACAAACAAUAACAAGUGACAACACACCAUCACCACCAACAACAAUUGACAACACACCAUCACCACCAACAACAAACAACAACAAGUGACAACACACCAUCACCACCAACAACAAACAACAACAAGUGACAACACACCAUCACCACCAACAACAAACAACAACACAUCACUACCAACAAAAACACCACAACAACCAACAAACAACAACAACACACAAUCCGCAACAACAACACACUACCACCAAUAACAGAAUGCAUAAACAACAACAACACAGCAACAACAACAAACGGCGCAUACACUAACGCAACAUACGAAAACAACACCAAAAAAGAAAUGCCAAAUCCAAAAAACACGAACACAAAACACCAACAACUCAAAAUACGAACCUUCCGGACUGCUGCUGGUUCCGCCGAACAUAUCGAGGUACAUUCUUUCUUCCAGCGACAUUUCACAUCUAAUCUGUGAUCUGUCAAACGGUCUUAAACUCUCUGAAAAAGAACAAUUUCGCUGAGUUAACCUUCCUGUUGAAAGCUCGAGGGUAGGGUAUUGUUACUUGAUGUGCCUGAAAACUCAUGUAAGUAGAGUUGUUGUUGCUUCUCUCCUGUGCUGCGAGGGUGUUUUUCAAGGUAUACUCCGCUUCUGUGGAAACUGACCAUUCCACCUUAGCUGUGGUCUUGGUUGUAUCGUAGCAGCCAGAGGCAACCAGGUCACGGUUGAGCUUCGUCUUGGGUCGGCACACCUGCAAGAAAAGAUGACCAGCCACCAAAAUUAUCAAAAUCUUAUCGAGUCUGUUCACCUGCGUAUUUGCUGGAAUUUUUCUUUGACCGUUUGUUGUUCGUUGCCUUCCUCGAGCUGUCUUCAUAUGGAACCUUUUCAAUUUCCAACCAUUUAUCUUCGUCAGCUUUCGAAUUGUCGCCAAGGGAAAACAAGUUUCCCAUUUUAAUCGCUCUGAAAUAAAAUUUCCGCUUCGUAAUAUUGCUUUUCGCACGCACACAAUUUUCACAAACCUUUUCGCACGAAAAGAGAAUUUGACUAUGAAGUUAAUUGAUUCUCUUGCGUAAUUUAAUUGCGGUGUCCGCGUCACAUGCGCGUGCGCGCGUAUUGUUAAAAAUUUCGAAUUAUGAGGCAACGCGUUUAGCAUUUUUUGCGACUUUUAGUUCGAUUUUCAUCUGAUGCAUGCGAACGAGUAGAUAGGUUAUGAAUGUCUUGAGUACCCAUGUAAAAAUGCACAAGUUGUUACAGGUCUGCAAACAAGGUGUUAUGCAAAUCUGUUCACAAGCUGUCGACAAGUUGUGUUCGCACUGCUUGUUUCCAGUUGUUGUAACAAGUUUGAAACAAGCUGUUAACACAAGUUGGUAACAAGCGUGAUAGCAUUAUCAGACUUGUUACAAGGUUGUUCUAACAAGGCUGAUACAGUCAUGAUAUAACAAGAAUGUUACAAGGUGAAGGUUGACGACACAAGGUCGUAACAAUAUUCUUAUAUCAUGUAACAAGUUUGGAACAAGCUGGUAACAAGUUGUAACAAGCGUGAUGGCAUUAUCAGACUUGUUUGUUCUAACAAGGCUGAUUUAUAUACAGUCAUGAUAUAACAAGAAUGUUACGAGGUUGUAACAAUACUCUUAUAUCAUUAUUGUAUCGUACUUGUUGGAACAACCCCUUGCAACAAAUCUGAUAAUAUCAACAAGGAUGUUACAAAUUAUCAACAGCUUGUUCCAAACUUGUUGACAACUUGACAAGCAGUGAAAACACAACUGGAACAAGUUCCUUGGCAAGGAAAAAUGGUCAAUUUUUUGCCGUGCACACGAGCAAACAAAACUUGUCAAGGAAAACUUGUCAAAAAAGCAGUCCUUUUCCUAAUUCUCUAUUUUUCAUUCAAGGGUGAAGCCUACAGUAUAUGGAAAUUAUCUGACCUCGCCUUUCAUCUCCAGAACUCGACAAUAUCAGUAUUUCUCUUUGGUGAAAAUCACAAAGAACAUUGGAAAACAGUCGAAGGAAGUGUUGUUGCUUUGCUUAAUCCCGCUGUACUUCCCCCAAGAGAGGUAUGUAGUGUGCUUGUAUUUUAUUUGUUCAUAUGUUUUUGAAGUUAUGAGCAAUUUUUUUCUUCGUUUCCUCUAGAGACAAUCGAGUGUUGUUGCUUUCAGUCUUGACAAUCCAAAAAAGUUAAUGAUGAUUGGAAUGUCUCAGGAUUUUGGAAUUUGUCACUCAGGAAGGAAAUCUGACGGGAAGCGAUGUUCUAACUUCAUCAACAAGUAUGUUGUUUUAAGAGCCUGGCCAGUGGACUCUAUAUGUUCAGAAUAUAUUCAAUGGCUGUCUAAAAUAUUCCGUUAACCAGGUUUUGACUUGGAGCUAUUGAUCUAACCAAUCGUACUAACGGCAAUUUUUUAUUUUGUUUUAGGGCUGAAGGCAAUUUUUGUCAAUAUCAUGUUCAACGCGAGUACUCGAAGAAACGGUCAAAAAGGAUGGAGUGUCAACAGGGGUAGGUCUUCGGCCCUCGGAAGUAAUUUUCAAAACUAAUGCGGUGAAUUUUGUACUUUUGCUGGGGAACGGAGUCUACAGAGACUUGUAACCGAUGAGACUUCAACGCACCAAAGGUGUUUAGUUGGAGCUAGGGUGACCCUAUCAGUAGGAUAAUUCUGCCAGUAGGGCUAAAGUAUCGAAGGAACUAGACUCAGUUCCGAAAUAUCACCAACUCGAACCGACUUGACCUUGUAGCUCAGUUGGUAGAGCAUUGGACUAGUAUCCCAAAGGUCUCGGGUUCGAUUCCAACCGUGGACAGGCAAACCUUUCAGCUAUCCCGGUGUGGAUGCAUACUCAGAGUAACACCACAAACAUCAUAUUCACCUGAGUACACAACACCAUAUGAAACUAGUUCUUUUGAUCCAUGAUUCUUUGAUUGCUACCGUCAAUACUGUACUCUUUCAUGCAUCUACCUGGCUCCCCUUAUAAACAAAGUCCUUUUGUCAUGAUUGAGCCAUGCAUAGUUGGAUGAGACCAGUGAACUCUAAGGGAACGAAGGUGUCAUUACAAGGGGAAGGUGUUAUUACAGUUCACUGGAUGUUCACUAGCUUGCAUGUUAACGGAACGCCUAUAGACAAGGGUAACCCAGGCUCUAAGUUUACCCUAUCUCCAUGUCAACAGACCUUUUCUUUGUUGUAGAUACGGAGCGCCAUCAAAACUUCCUGGCAGUAAUCUAAAGCAGAAAGUUGCGGGUGAAUCGUUCUUUUAUGGCGGGAAGAUUGUCUCAUCGUCUCCUGCUGCGCCACCUCGUAAAGAGAAAGUGACACUGAAGAGUCUGGAUGCGCCGAGUUCUGGAGGGAAAGAUUAUCUUAACGCUUGGAAAGAGAAACAAAGCGAAAAAAACACUUCAGG